AUGAAGUCCAAGAGUAUUGCGGCAGCGAAUCUCGCUAACUGGAUCAUCAACUCCGUCAAAUACCACAAGAUAUACGUCAAGGUGGCGCCCCUCAUGGAGAAGGUGGAGGAGGCUACAAAUACGAAACUGGAAGCCGAGGCUUCGUUGGAGAUCGUCAAGAAGCAGGUGGCUGAACUCGAUGCGGAAUGCGCCUCGCUGGAUGAAAAGCUGUCUGGAGCUGUGGCCGAGAAGGAGAGGACUGAGCAGCAGGCCGCCAAGUGCCUUGAAAAACUGCAGUUGGCGGAGCGUCUCGUGAACGGCCUGGCCGACGAGUACAAGCGCUGGACGGAGAGCGUGAAGGAGAUGAAGGAACUGACGGUGAAGCUCAUCGGCAACUGCUUGCUGUCCUCCGCUUUUGUGGGAUACAUCUCGCCCUUCAACAUGCGCCUGCGCUUGGAGCUGUGGAAGGAGACGUGGAUGAAGGACCUCACCGACAAGGCGAUCCCCAUAUCUGCCUCGAUCGACCCCCUGAAGGUGCUGGCGUCAGAGGCGGACAUCGCCGGCUGGUUGAACGAGGGGCUUCCGUCGGAUCGCAUCUCGCUGGAGAACGCGGCGGUGGUGACGGCCUGCUCGCGCUGGCCGCUGAUGAUCGACCCCCAGCUGCAAGGGGUCAAGUGGGUCAAGCAGAGGAUCGGGGAGGACCUCCAGGUGCUUCAGUUCACCAUGAACAAUUGGCUCCAGAAGGUGAUCUUCUGCAUCCAGAUGGGCGGGCAGCUGCUCCUGGAGUCCGUGGGCAGCGAGAUCGACGCCAUUCUGGAGCCGGUGCUGUCGCGCGCGGUGGUGAAGCGGGGCCGCACUGCCAUGAUCAUCAAGAUCGGUGGCGAGGAGGUCGAUUACGAUCCAAAGUUCCAGCUGUACCUGCAGUCGAAGCUGCCCAACCCGCACUACCGCCCCGAGAUCGCGGCGCAGUGCACCAUCAUAAACUUCAUCGUCACGCCCGAGGGCCUGGAGGACCAGAUCUUGGCCCUGGUGGUGAACGUCGAGAAGCCCGAGCUGGAGCAGCAGAAGCAGGCCCUGGUGAGGCGGCAGAACGAGUUCAAGGUGACGCUCGCCAGUCUCGAGGACGAUCUCCUGUCGCAGCUUUCGGCCGCCGACCCAGCCACCAUUCUGGACAACCUGCCGCUCAUCGAGGGCCUCGAGAAGACAAAGCAGACGUCGAAAGAGAUCGGGAUUCAGGUCAAGGAGGCUCAGAAGACCGAGGUGGAAAUCAACACCUCGCGCGAGCAGUAUAGGCCGGUGGCUGCAGAGGGCUCCAUGCUAUUCUUCUUGAUCAUUCAGCUCUGCUUCAUUGAACACAUGUACCAGUACUCUCUGGACUCUUUCAUCAGCUUCGUAUACAAAGCGAUUGAUAAAACGGAGCCAUCCGAGGACGUCAGUGCCCGAUCCCAAAAGAUGAUCGCCAUGAUCCGCAUGGUGAUCUUCCGCUGGGUGAACCGGGGUCUGUUCGAGCGUCACAAGCUGAUCUUCUGCUCGAUGCUCACCUUCAAGCUGUUCUCGAAAGGGCAGCUGCACGGGGAGGAGUACAACGCCAGUUACCUGAAUUUCCUGCUGCGCGCGCCCGGCAUGGCGGGCAUGGAGAACCCGUUGUCGGAAUGGCUGCCGAGCAAGAACUGGGGCUUGACACUGAGACUUUCUGAGCUGGAGGGCUUCGAUUCGUUCGCCACCAACAUGGAGAAGGACGCGCCAAACCGCUUCAAGGAGUGGUUCAACGAGCUGGCCCCCGAGGACAUCAAGCUGCCCCUGGACUGGAAGAGGCUCGACUCCCUGCCCUUCCAGAAGCUCCUGGUGCUCCGGUGCCUGCGCCCCGACAGGCUGUGUGGUGCGCUUUCUGAGUGGAUCCGGAACAUCUUGCCAAACGGGCGCGAGUACAUGGAUUGCGAUGGCUCGUCCUCCUUCCAGCAGAUCCUGCAGUCGUCCUUCGACGACUCCACGAGCACAACCCCCAUCUUCUUUAUCCUGUCCCCUGGUGCGGACCCUGUGAAGGAGGUCGAGGCCAUGGGAAGGAAGACCAUCAACCUGCAGCUCGGGGUGAACUACCACAACGUGGCGAUGGGCCAGGGUCAGGACGUGGUGGCGAUGGCAAAGCUGGAGAUCAGCCACCGCGAGGGGCAUUGGGUCAUGCUCCAGAACAUCCACCUGAUGCCCAAGUGGUGCAUCGAGCUGGAGAAGAAGCUGGACGCAUUCGCCGUGGAGAACAGCCAUUUCGGUAUGCGCGUAAUCUUGUCCGCCGACCCCAGCAAGGGUAUCCCCAUCGGCAUCCUGGAGCGCUCCAUCAAGCUCACGAACGAACCUCCACAGGGAAUGCAGGCCAACCUCCGCCGCUCCUUCGCGCUCUUCAGCAAGGAGGACUUCGAGGACAAGGACGGAAGAGUCAAGUCCAUCCUUUUCGCCCUGGUGCACUUCCAUUCCCUCAUGCUCGAGAGGAAGAAGUUCGGCGCCAUGGGCUACAACAUGCUGUACCCCUUCUCCGCCGGCGACCUCCGAGACUCCGCGCAGGUGCUGUACAACUACCUCGAGGGCAGCUCCUCCGUGAAGAUCCCCUGGGACGACCUGCGAUACAUCUUCGGCGAGAUCAUGUACGGGGGGCAUAUCGUCGACGACUGGGACCGCCGCAUGUGCGAGAAGUACCUCCUGUAUUUCAUGCGGGACGAGCUGUUGGAUGAGAUCGAGAUGAUCCCCUACGCUGACGGGAAGCUGUCCUGGAUGUCUCCCCAGCCAGGCCCCCACGACAAGUACGUGGAGCACAUGGAGACGAUGCCCGUGGAGUCUCCGCUCUUCUUCGGGAUGCACCCGAACGCAGAGAUCAACUUCCGCACGAAUCUGUGCGAUUCGACCUUCGAGGCGCUGCUUAUCCUGAUGGGCGCGGGCGCAAGCGCUGGCGAUGGUGACGGCGACGUUCAGAGCCCUAUGGCCAUUGCGGAGGCCCUCUGCGGCGAGAUCUUGGAAGAGGUGCAGGAGAAGAAGUUCCCCACCGAAGACAUCAGCCGCUCGCUGAGCGACGAGGAGAAGGGUCCGUACCAGUACGUGUUCCUGCAGGAGUGCGAGUACAUGAACGGGCUCAUCUACGAGAUGGUCAGAGGUCUCCAGGAGCUACAGCUUGGUUUCAAAGGGGAGCUGACGAUGAGCGAGCAGAUGGAGGAGAUCGCCGACUCGCUCUGGUUGGAGAAGCUCCCGACGUGGUGGGUCAAACUGGGCUUCCCCUCCACGCGGCCGCUCAAGUCGUGGCGCGUAAACCUGCAGGAUCGCUGCGUGCAGCUGGAAGACUGGACCAACGACCCGCUAACCAUCCCCAAGGUGGUCGACAUCGCGAAGCUCUUCAACCCGCAGAGUUUCCUGACUGCUAUCAAGCAGCUAUGCUGCCAGCAGCAGGGACUCGAGCUGGACAAGCUGCAGGUCUUCACAGAGGUCACCAAGAGGGAAGUCAAGCAGGUGGAGGGGCACUCCAAGGAGGGUGCCUUCGUCACAGGCAUGUUCCUGGAGGGUGCCCGCUGGGACAGCGUAGGCAACUCGCUGGAGGACUCCAAGCCUAAGGAGAUGUUCACGCAGCUGCCGGUGAUCAUCUGCAAGGCGGGCCCCCUCUUGGAGAAGGUGGACAAAAACACCUACAUCUGCCCAGCGUACUGCGUGCCCACCCGGCGGCCGUACUUUGUCUUCCCGGCUCAGCUGCGCUCGAAGGCCGUUCCGGAUAAGUGGGUGCUGGCCGGGGUGGCGAUCAUCCUCGACAUCGGCACCGCUUGA